UCUGUGAUCCUGAGCAACUGUUCUUGAGACCUGCAGCUGUGCCGCAGGAGUGUUCACCUGCAAGAACUCACAGUGCAAAGAGGGUCAGAAAUGUGGGAUGAAGAAUGGAGUCAUGGACUGCUACAGCAUAGACCCCUGUGAGGACACUGAGUGCCGUGAGAAAGAAAACUGUGUGGUGAUGAACAGUAAGGCGAUAUGUGUGGCCCAGUCCAAGGCCUACUGCUGGUUGUUCGGUGACCCUCACUAUAGCACGUUCGAUGGCCAGCCCUUCUCCUUCAUGGGUACCUGCUCCUACAUUCUGGUGAAUACGACGGGCAAAGAUCCCUCCCUGCCUCAGUUCAGCAUCCAGACUAAGAACGAGCCGCGAGUCAACUCCAAAGGCUCCUUCCUCAAAUCAGCCAACAUAGACCUGAGUGGUCACAGGAUCACCAUUCUCAGUGGCCAAAGAGGGACAGUGGAGAUUGAUGGCAUUAGGUCUGACCUCCCUGUGAGUUUGGAAUCUGGCAACAUCAGAAUCACGGAGUCUGGUAUCCAAGGGACCAUCCAGACAGAUGUUGGCCUGAAGAUCACUUUUGACUGGACCGCCUUCUUCAUGGUGACCAUCAGCAGCAGUUACUACGACAACCUCGGUGGCAUUUGUGGCAACUACAAUGGUAACAAAACAGACGACUUCACCACUCCCACAGGUGUGCUUUCAGCAAAUACCACGGCGUGGGUGGCAUCCUGGAGUGUUGCCGACGGUGAUCCAUUCUGCCGGCAUGUCUGUAAUGGCAACUGCCCCACGUGCUCAGAAACAGACCGGGCACUUUAUACUGGACCAAAGUACUGUGGUUUGAUGACAGACGGAGGGGGCCCAUUUCACCAGUGUCAUAAGAAAGUGCCGGUGAAGGAGUUUGCCUCAGACUGCCUCUAUGAUGUGUGUCUGAAUGAGGGUCGACACGAAGUGUUGUGUGAGACCUUGGCUAACUACGUGGCCAAAUGUCAGCAGGCUGGGGCUGUUGUCUCACCACUGUGGAGAAAGGCCUCCAAUUGCCCCCUGGCUUGCCCAUACCACAGCCACUAUGAGCUAUGUGGCACUGCCUGCCCUGCUUCCUGUGCCAUUCCCAAUGUCCCCGAGAUCUGUUCCAAAGUCUGUGUGGAAGGCUGCCAGUGCGACGUGGGUUACGUGCUCAGUGGUGAACACUGUGUCAGCAAGGAGACAGGGUGUGGCUGUACACACAAUGACCAUUACUACCUGCCUGAAGAAACCUUUUGGGAGGGCAACACAUGUCAGAGUAAGUGUGUGUGCGACGGAGCCACACAGAAGUUGGUGUGUAUGCCUAGGAAGUGCAAGGCUAGUGAGCACUGUGAAGUGGUCAACGGGGUUCAGGACUGCUACCCUUUCAGCUUCAAGACCUGCUCAGCACAGGGGGACCCCCACUUCCGCACCUUGAUGGGAAGCGCUCGACUUCCAGGGAAACUCGAGGUGAGGGUGAAGGUCCCGAGCACCUACCACAACGCCAUCUGUGGUCUCUGUGGCAACCUCAAUGACGACCCUGAUGACGACCUGCUUCUGCCCAACGGGGAAAAGCCCAUGAGUCCCAAGGAGUUUGGAAACAGUUACUGGGUAGCUGACGUACCGGGCUGCUCCCACAGUGCAAAGAUUGUGCUGUUGUAG